GGCUUCCCUUUACUCCGCGGCCGUCCGAGUAGUCUACCUUGAAAGACAGAAAGUAAUAUGGAGUCUACGAUGGAGUCGAUAUCAACAGAAGAGAAACAUGCGUCAAACCAGAAAGAUGAAGAGGGCAAUGAUGGGCAAAAUGGCAAGAAGAAAAAGAUGCGAAUCCCAGGAAUCGUAUACAUGAGUCGUGUACCUCAGUAUAUGAGCGUAAAAAAAGUUCGCGAAGUGCUUGGGGACCACGGGGAGUUGGGAAACGUGUUUCUUCAGCCAGACGAUAAAGCUCCAUUCAGCAAGAAAGGUCGGCUUUUUACUGAAGGCUGGGUGGAAUUUGCUGAUAAGGUGGUAGCCAAGCAAGUUGCCCUUACAUUGAACAACACACAGGUUGGAGGAAAACGGAGUUACCCUUGGUAUGCCGACAUCUGGAAUAUAAAAUAUCUUCCAAAAUUUCAAUGGGCUCACCUAAAUGAACGUCUUGCUUAUGAGAGGGCUGUUCAUGAACAGCGGCUUCGAACAGAAAUUUCACAGGCAAAAAGAGAAGCUAACUUCCACAUCCAGAAUUUUGAGAAAAGCAGGAAGUUAAAAGACAUGAAUGAAAGGAAACGCAAGAAAGGAGAGGAGAUGUUGGAAACAAAAGCAUACAAUGUGAAGCAGAGAGAUACUGAAGAUGAAAUACUUUCAAAACAAAAGAAGAUAACAUCAAGCCAGACUAAACCUUCGAGGGGAGGAACAAAGAAAAGUGUACACAGACCAGAUGGUCAGCAUGCUGUUGGUGCUUUGUCCCUUGCAGCCAACAAAACUUUGUUACAUAAAUUGUUUGGUGGAGGAAGUUGAGACUGACAAUUCAAGAUGAGUGGUGUACAUGUUCUAGAGUUCGAUAUCUUUGACAGUAACAUCCUCAACUUUUUUCUGCAGUAUAAACAAACUUGAAGUCUU